AGGAAACCUCGUGCUCGUUUCCAGACCAUUUGACAGAGAGGAGGAGUCAGGCGACUUAAAAACCGGUUUGACCUGAUUAUCGACGAUAUAUCCUACUCGGGAAGAAAGAACACGAGGCGUGUGCAAAGAUAAUGGAAGAGUAUAAAAUUUACGUCGGCAAUCUGAGCUACAGCACCGAUGAUGAUUCCCUCAAGAGCCAUUUUGAGGGCACAGUGGACGUUUUAGAUGCUAAAAUUGUCAAGGAACGAGAAGAUGAAAACAGAUCAAGGGGGUUUGGCUUUGUAACAGUGAGCUCAGCAUAUGAUGUUCAAAAGGCAGUGGCAGAAUUUAAUGAUACUGAAUUGGAUGGUCGAACAAUCAGGGUAUCGAAAGCAAAUGCCAGAGGUGGAGGUGGCGGCGGUGGUGGUGGUUACAGACGAGGAGGAGGAGGCGGUUACCGAGGUGGCAGGGGAGGUGGCAGAGGAGGAGGAGGAUACAGAGACAGGAGUUAUGGUGGAGGAGGAAGUGGUUAUGGGAGCAGAAGCUAUGGAGGUGGUGGUGGUGGAAGUUAUGAUGGUGGUUAUGAUGGUGGUUAUGAUGGCGGCUACUCUGGUUCCUACUCUAGUUCCUACGGAGGAGGAGGAGGAGGUCAAUACAGAAAAGGCCGUGACUGGUAAUGAUCUGUUCAACUUCCGUGAUUCAACUGAGUUCCUGUAUUUGCAUUGAUGUGCUGAGGUGCUAGAACAAGACAAAAAAAUUCGGUGUGCUGUCCUGAAACUUGAUGAGUGAUAAACCUCAGCUUAUGAUGUUCGGUGCACUGAAGUUUCCUGUGUUGUUGACCCAUGUGCUUUACUGCUAUGAAAACCUCAGCCAGUGGUGUUUGGCUCUCUGAUGUUCUGAUGAAAUAUAUCUUAUGUUAAAUAGCUCACUUUAGCAGAGACCAUAUAUUCAUUUGUAUCGUUAUUGAAUAUAGCACAAGAAUAAGUUUUUCUUAAGUCCUUUUUUGUGUAUUUAUCCAACCAACACUGUUGGCUUUCCUCUCUUUUUUAUUGAAUUUUCCAUAACUUAGCUUUAUUAAAAGAAAACGUUUUGCUGUG